AUGCCUAUCCCUUACCAAGCCGCAUACAAGCCAUUGAAUAAGCCAGAAGUAGGCGUCAAUGGCUAUGUCGAACCCACACCUGGCAAGUCAGAGGUGAUACCAAAAGGCUCAGCACCCUUCAACGCCAGAAAAUUGGACUCCGACGUCCGCAUCGACCAUGAUGUUGAAAUCACUGUUCGAGAUGGCUGCCGACUCUACGCCGACAUCUACCGACCCACAAGCGAUGAGAAGGUCCCAGUCAUUAUCUCCUGGUCUCCCUAUGGCAAGAAAUACUCCGCCCUGGACAUGAUCUUCAACGUCUGCACGUGGGCUUGUUGCAUUGAGCGCGGCGACGUGAGUGGACUGGAGAAAUUCGAGGGCUUGGAUCCUGCGUGGUGGGUCGCGCAUGGCUACGCGAUUGCCAGCGUUGAUGUGCGAGGAGCUGGUAACAGCGACGGCGACACACCAUGCAUGGGAUUGCAAGAGGCCGAGGACGCACACGAUGUGAUAGAGGCCCUGGCGAAGCUGUCGUGGUGUAAUGGUAACGUUGGCAUGGCGGGCAAUUCGUACCUUGCCAUCAUGCAGUGGCACGCUGCCGCCCAGAACCCACCGUCGCUUAAGGCUAUUGCGCCGUGGGAGGGAUCGGGAGAUAUUUUCCGAGAGCAGUUCUGCCGAGGAGGUUGGUUCAACAUGAGCAACUACGAUCUUAUUACGACUCUUGUGAUUAGAGGUCAGGCUGGAGUUGAGGACUUUGCGGAGAUGUACCGUCGCCAUCCACAAGCUAAUAUCUACUGGAACGAUAAAAGAGUGGAUCUGAAGAAGAUUAACAUUCCAUGCUUCAUUACUGGAUCUGAUUUCAGCCAGAUUCAUACCAUGGGUGCUAUUCGAGGAUGGAUGGAGGUGAACACGGACAAGAAGUGGAUCAAAUGGAGCGGUUACCAAGAGUGGUUUGAGCUUUACUCGGAGCCCGAGAGCUACCUGGAGUUGAAAUAUCUCAAGGAGAUUGACAAUGACUGGGAAGAGACGCCCAAAGUUCGCUGGACAACCCUUCCAUUCGGCGACAAAGACGUGACAAGCAACAUCGUGCUUCCCGACUUCCCCGUUCCAGAAACCGACUAUCGCACACUAUACCUUGCUCCCAAUGGUUCUCUCUCAGCUGAGCUUCCCCGUGAGGCUAGCACUUCCGUCCACAACUCCGAAGACAGGUGGUCUAUCUCCAAGUUCAAAUAUACCUUUACUCAGCCAAGCAGACUUCUGGGUCUUCCCAAAGCAGAGUUGUAUAUGAGCUGUGACGCGCUAGAGGACAUGGUGGUCUUCAUCCAGCUGCGCAAGCUCGAUAAAGCAGGCAAGGAGCUCGCACAACUACAAUUCCCCUUCAGCCGUGCCCCCAUCAACUCGAUUGACGAAAUUUCCGAGAAGGACCGUGGCAGUGUGACCCUGCACAACGGUUCCAUCGGUAUCCUUCGUGCCUCUCAGCGCAAGAUCGACCCCAGUCGGUCAAUGCAUCCCCAGUUCCCCUUCCACCCCCAUGAUGAGGUGCAAAAGGUUCCCAGGGGGGAGAUUGUCAAGCUGGAGAUUGGUAUUUGGGCUAUGGGUGUCGACUAUGAAGAGGGCGAGAGUAUCCAGGUGGAUAUUUUGGGCCAGUGGCCGGGCUUUAAUGAGGUUGCGGCUUUCUCGAAGCCGAGACCUGAGCAUGAGCUGAACAAGGGGGAGCAUGUUAUCCACUUUGGUGGUGAGUAUCCCAGUCGGGUUAUUCUGCCUUUCGUGCCAUUGUAG